GGAGGGAUGAAAUUUGGUAUUCGCCAAGUCAAGCUGUGUAUGGAUUUUCGUGAUUCAUGGAAAUCAGCUUUCGUGCCAACUAACCGCAGAUACCUCGGCAAAAUCAGAGCUAAAGAAAUCAUUGACAACAGUUCUACAUCACAACUAAAGCAGCCCAUUAAGGAUAUGACUUGAUUUGAUUAAGAAGCGGUAACAAAAGCCUUUGGGUAAAGAAAAUGGGUGAUAUCCAGAUCACACAGGAAGUUGUCAUUGAGUUGUCAAAGUUCCACAACAUUGACUUGUUUCAGAGGGGAUUUUAUCAACUUAGACUUUCAGUGAAGACUCCACCAAAGUCUUUGUCCACUGUUGAAUGUGCUCUUUGGGAAAACAAAAAUGUCUCCAGUGUACCUUCAGGCUCUGUCUUCCCAGCUUUUGUCGUUGAACAUGAAAAAACAGGAGUGUCUCGUACGUUUGAAGUCUAUUAUAAGCACGAAGAAGUCAUUCUGCAUGACGUUUUUGUUUUCAAACUUCACAUGCUCCUAGAAAGUGGCAAGGUUGAAGAACAGUUCCCAAGAACAAUCGACUUGGAUAUUGAUAUGUUUUUCGCUGAUUGCAAUAGAAGCCCAUCAACCCCGAGAUCUCUUAGGCCAGUCAGUAACCAAACCAUUCGCCUACAUGUGACGUCAUUAAAAAGUCUUCAUUACCAUAGAAACUUAGUCUUUGAUUACUUUAACCUCGCAGCAGUAUCAUUCACUGCGCAUUCGUGUUUAGUCGCCAUGCGCCAGCCAUGGCUAGGCCCUUUGAAAUCUCUUCACCCGUCUUUGAAUAACAAAUCAACAUCGAAGCAGCAUUUGUACUGCGCUCUGUUCGGCAAAAGCACGUCUUUGACAAGUGAUUCAGAGGUAUCUGAGAAACAGCACGCUAUUGCCGCUGCGACACACAAGAAACUCUGCAUGAAUUUGCUCAAGACUUAUUCUAACUUGCUGCAGUAUUUCCACUAUGGUAUGACAUUUCUUCCUGACUACGCCCAAAUGCGAGUUAGCCAACCGGAUAUUAAUUCAAAGCUGGAUGUUCUUAGCAGUGAAUACGAAAAUAUGUGGAUUGCUGAAGAUCUGUACGCGCGAAUGGGUGACGAUUUGUAUCUUCUUAGUACGGAACUUUCGAUGCUUUGGACCCAAUUUUUGGAACAGUUUAUCUUGGAAGGGUUUCUUGUUAAGCAGCUGAAAGAAGAGCACCAUCGCCAGCGAGUGGAACAUUUAGCUGAGGCAUUCUUUGUAGAGGAUCAUGACUGGGAAGAAUUCUGCACGCCGUUUGAUUUGACAACCAGUCAGUACACUUCAUUAGCCAAUCUCGUAAGGGCUUCUUCCUAUUACCAAAUGCUUUUGCCUUUGAAAGUCGAAUGCGCCAGUAUUGAUGGUGACCCAGCAUCGAUGCCCAUCAUAUUUGAAGAUCGAUUUCUUGCUGGGAAAAGUUUAACGAGUGCUGAUGGAGUCCAGCAUUUAAGCGUCGAGGAGAAUCAAUUUGAGGAUUUCAUCGACCUAGAUGUUAGCGUUGAAGAGAAUGGAAAACAGCAGCACAGCAACACUAGCCCCGAUGACGUCACAUUAGCCUGGGCUGACAAGGCGGAAUCUGCUGGUGAGCUCAACGAGACGGUAUUCUGCGUGGUCGGCAAAAGCGAAGGCGGAUCACCGGAAGUCAGAAACCGGGUAUAUAGUAAAAGUAUUUCGAGAGAGAGGCCCUCACAACAGAGCUUACCCCCGCCAAGCAGGAACGACCCUGAGACUAGGAGUCUGGGAUCAGGCGACCACGUCACAGAGUCGUUGAAGAGGCCUAAGUUUCCCAGUGCCCCUGAUAUGAAGAAAUUUGAGCCAACUUCGCCAGGGGAGCUUCGUGGAGCAGGACUCUUGUCAUGUUUUCCUUCAUUCAAAACAGGAGCGAAUAAGAGCAAACAGUAUAAAUUGGUUGUAAGAAGUCCGAAUGGAAACGCAGGAGGGAUGCCGGCUGAAAGACAACUUUCGAGGUUUGAAAAAGCGAAGCAGCUUCUUAAGACAGAGUUGAAUAUGCCAACACAGCUAUACAGCGAUGUCUUUGACCCAACUGCUACUCGACCAUACUUUACUGAGAGGCUCCUGGCAAGUUCGGAUGGCUGCCACCUUGUUAUCUGUGUUCAUGGGCUAGACGGUAAUUCUGGAGAUCUGCGUUUAGUUCGAUGCUAUUUGGAGCUUGCCCUACCUAGGGCUAAUUUCGAUUUCUUGAUGUCAGAAGUGAACCAGGAAGAUACCUUCUGCGACAUUGAUAAAUUGACUGAAAAUCUAGUACUUGAAAUCAUGCAGCAUAUUGAAAUGAAUCAUCUUGAUCCAAUCAAAAUCAGUUUUGUUGGUCAUUCGCUGGGCAACGUGAUCAUCCGAAACGCCGCUGUGCACUCAAAGUUGCUGCCGUUCCGCAACAGAUUCCACACGUUCUUGUCCUUGUCAGGACCACAUCUAGGGAUGUUGUACCACACAAGUUCUCUUGUCAGCACAGGGUUGUGGUUGAUGCAGAAAUGGAAAAAGACAGGAUCUCUACCCCAGUUGGCCUUAAACGAUAACUCGGAUUUACGAGAGACAUUUAUGUAUCGACUCAGCUUAACAAAUGGCUUCCAGUAUUUCAAGAAUGUACUUUUGGUUAGUUCUGUUCAAGAUCAUUAUGUCCCGUUUCAUUCUUCCCGAAUCGAGAUGAGCAAGCAAGCAAUGAAAGAUAAUUCCGAAACAGGCCGUGUUUAUCGAGAAAUGAUCAACAACAUCUUGAAACCGCUUCAUAUUCAAAACGAGGUUAACGUUGUACGAUACAGCGUCAAUCACGUGAUAUCAAGCUCAGCCAAUUCGUUGAUUGGUCGAGCAGCUCAUAUUGCCAUGUUAGACUCUGAACUUUUCAUAGAGAAACUAAUACUCAUUUCUGCAUGCCAGUAUUUUCGAUAGCUCUUGACAAACCUUUUUCGAAUUUAGUCGACUAGUUCGUAAUUUAGAGGGUAUUCAAUCUUCAUUGUAUAUAUCAAUCUUAGCAGUUGUUUUGUUAGUCUUAGCCAUUCGAUUAUUCUUCGGAUUUUAUCCUUCUUUCGACUGCUCUCACUCCUCAAAAUCAUGAACUUUUUAUAUAGAGACCGCCAAAAAAUUGCAAAGUACACUUUGCCCGGUCAUAGAGUUAUUGAUUCAGGAAAUAUUGCUCUCCGUUAAGGUCAGGCAAUAAUGUUUGGCAAAAUGUGACUGCAUGACCUGUUCUGAUGAAAAACAAAUUCAAAUCGAUUUGCAGUAGGCCCUUCUUCAUUGAUACAACAUUUUAGAAUCUCUUACCUGCGAAUGGGAUUAUAGUUAACUGUUCUCUUCGUAUUUUGUUUUAUUGUAGGCAAGUUUUUAGCUCUUACCUUGACCCCCCUUGUGCGUGAUCAUGUGACACCACCCCCACCCCCGUCUCCCGGUUCAUGUCUUUGUGAAGGUUCUCAUGUGCAAAUAUUUAUAUAAUACAAAAACAUUUAGCAUAACCUUUCAUGGAGACUAGCGUUUUCAUUUUGUAGAAAGAGUGCAGUUUAUUUUUAUUUAAUUCGCUUCAUUUGUGCAUAUCAUAUUUUAAUUGCGUGUAAGAUAGAAGCUAUCAUACAUUUUGUAAUCUGUAAUCGAAAACAUUUCAGUCAUGAGACAAAACUGGGGUUUUCACGAUUAAUUUUCUUUGUAUC